CUCGUUCACAUCAACCAACAACACAACCAGACAUCAUGUUGAUUCCCACUUCGGUGCUCGCAAACCUCAAGAAGCAAGGAAAAAGGCCAAUAAAAGAGGAGAAGCCAGUCAAAAAGCCUGAUGAAGCUUUCCCCGAGUCGGGUCCCAAUCAAGUCGAGGUCCUCCCGAAGGAGCUUUCUGAAGCCCAAGCUACAUCGGAUCUGCCCACGAUUGAAGCAGAUCAAGGCCCUGCGAAACGUGUUCGUACCGGAGGCUCCAAUAUCACCGUGGCUGAGAUCACGCCAGAAUAUCUCCAGAGCAUUGUCAGCGGAUUCGAGGUGUGCCUGAGCGACUACGCAUUGCAGGAUCCCGCAAACUCAACAUGGCUCAGCCCUCUUGAACGUGAAAUCGAAGGCAAAGGACAAUGUGUGUCGCCGACUCAAGGAAACAGUGCUGCGCUGACUCCACUUCGUAGACUUUCACCUCUCGUCGUUCGUGCAGAUGUCCAAGUUCGCCAUGCUCAAGCCCCCUGUCUCACAGCCGAUCCUGAAGCGUGCUUUUCUCGAAUACCCUUCCGCACUUUUCUCAACCCACAGACUCGAGGACAAGGGUAUGAUCCAGCGUGUAAACAUUCAACCGAACAAGUACCACCCGCGAGAUCAACGCACCGAGCGAAUUGUCUACGUUGAGCCUCACAACGCUAAAAUUGCAUCUAACAUCCCACUCUUCACCUAUCUCAUAAAGUCCCACAAUCCCGAGAAGGAGAAAUGGUUCCCCAUCCAGGCAGUGUUCAGAGACGACGACCAGCUCACUAACAAAUACGCAUACGUCCUCAUGAACGGCAACGUCGAGAUGGCAUGGAGCAAGGGUACCAAAAAGUGGAAGGAGCUGUGGCCAGACAACUGGAUCGUGAUGCCGAAAAAAGAGCAGGAGAAGAGAACUGAGGAGUACAAGGCAUUGCAUCGCCAAGAGCUUGAUGAGGCCGAAGACGCCGAGCCAGGUAAGCAGGCACAUUGGGGUCUCGAAGAGGCGGAAGCAUUUCCAAAGCCUGAAGAGUCCGACAAACAAUCUUCAGUCACCCACUCUGUGAGGGACAGCUCAAAUCUGAAAGGACACGUAUCGAAAACACAGUCUACCAGAAUGAACUCUCUUGCAAUAGCUGACAAAGGCACAGUCGAAGUGAAACCUCAAAUAGAGCAGCCCAAGAAAGCCUCGCGCAAGCAGGCUGCAAAGCGGAAGAUGAAAAAGAAGAAGGCUGCCAAGAAAGCGGCUGCGAAGAGCGGUGAGGAAGACACUUGAAUGGAGUCGAUGG